CGAUUCCGUGACGUGAAACGAAAGUUCAUGUGCAAAUUAGGUCAAGUGUCAGGCCUCUUAUUUUGACGAGGAUUUACAACUACGAUCGAACGCAGCUCAGGUUCUAACUUUCUUAGUGACUAGUCACCAUGCUAGUCACGCACUGAUUGUUGUUCUUUACUGUAGAUUUGAAGCAUCCUUCGGAUUGGAGUGUGAAGACCGAAUCUCGUACACACGUAGGCCUAGAUCUACUCGUAGUCGUAGUCGUACUUUCGCACGUCUCUUGACUUGUGUCUUGGCUAUUGAGACUUAAUUGUCUCGUGUCUCGAGUCUCCUGUAGCGAACUGAAAGUGUAGCAGUUCUCGAUGGCUUUUAACAACAGAGGGAGACAUAACGCCCCGGAGAGAGAUUCCUGGUGGACAAUGGGGCUUAAGGCUGCAGCCGGACUAGGUGUUCUCUCAGCCAGUGCCAUCAUUGCUGCAGAGGCUUACAAAGCAUCGCUGCAGAGGGAAAAAGAUAAUGCCCGAGCGCUCCAGCGUCAUGGUCAGCAAGAGAGGAUGGCAGCAUCUUCCUCCGCUCAGGGAGAGAGCUCCAAUGACGAGGGGGAAGGAGAGGAGAAGGAACCCUGCGUGUCUGGUUGCCGACCCUGUGAUUGGUCGGAUUACGAGGAGGUGGAUUCCGAUGAUUACGAAGAAGCUGCUGCUCAGGAACAUGCAAAUGUUCGACGAGCAGCACCCGUCACCUCGGAUACUCCAAAUACGAAUGGAGUGCCUCUCAAGACAAGGUUGGAGAACUACUACACCAGCUAUGUCCUUCCAAAUGAAGAGAGGCAGCAAGCGGAAAGAGAGGAACUGAAACCAUUUAAAACAUUCUUCAUGAAGUUUGUGAGACAACACGGAAAAAACCUCCCCAUUCAGAAUGCCUUCUUCGCUGGGGACCGGUCGCAGGUGACCAUCGUCAAAGCCUACGAUGCGUCCACCAAGUUACUCGUCCUCCCCAUUGAGAUGAACCCCCACACAUGGGAGUAUGAGGAUGCUCGACACUCUGUUAUGAAGGCACCCGGGUACUUCCUGGUGAGGCGAAUAAAUCUAGACUUCAUCCCAAAAGGCCAGGAUCCUUGGGACCAGUUCUUGGUAGGAAACUACCUCUGCCCGGCAUACGUCCUUCGACAUCUGCAGAGACUUCUAGGUAGCAGUAUCAACAAAUUCUGCAAGCAGUCUCCUGGAGAAGAACCAAGUGUGACCGUCGAGGCCAAAAUCGAUGCCAAAAUCGGUCCCAUGCUGGUGACCCUGACAUCUUCGCCGUUCUCUCCCCGUACUUCCUGCACGAUGGAGGACGAUGAAUAUGAUGAGGUGGAAAGUAUGGAGCUUAAUCUUCGUCCGGAUACUAAUCUGUGGAUGUGGUGCUUCAACGAGUUUGUGCUUGAGAUGUUGCAUGAGCUUGACGGCUCAGACGGAGGAUGCAGGAUGAAGUGCCUAGCCAUCUUGGAGGUCCUGAGAGUGAACAACUCCAAGCUGCAGGUGCUCUCCAACGCCCACCUUUUAGCCAUCAUGUACAUCGCCUGUGUCGAGGAGACGGAGUGGGACGAACAGAUGCUGGCGGAACGCUUCUUUGACAUCCUGGUGACCCUGACGCGAUGUCUGUCCGACCAUGAUCUCCCGCAUCCCAGGGAUCAGAGCGUGAACUGCUUCCUUGAUCUUCCAUCGUGGGCACUCCAGAGAAUGCGGAAGUGGCUCAAGAGCAUAAUCAAGAACCCCAGGAAGAUAAGUGGUAUGCUAAAACAUAAGUACUGACAGCUGUCAAAUUGUCAAACUGCAAUCUACAUCUAAUUUCCAAAGACUUUUUGGUGGAGGAAUGUUGUUAUUUUAUUCAAAACAUUGGAUAACUAAAUGCAAUUGAUCUUACAAUUUCACUUCAUGAGAGCAUAAUCAAGAACCCCAGGAAGAUAAGUGGUAUGCUAAAACAUAAGUUCUGACAGCUGUCAGAUUGUUCUGAAACUGCGCUCUCAUAUCUGAAUACUGUUUGGUGGAGGAAUGUCCUUAUUUUAUUCAAAACAUUGGUUAACUGGAUGCAAUUGAUCUUAAAAUUGCACUACAUGAUCCCAACCUGCUUGAAAACUGUCUAUAUAUUAUUAGAUCUAAUAUCCCUUCUCCUUGAUGCACAUGGGGUAAUGUUGGAGCCAUUGUUUUGGAAAUGUUGUCUUUACAAUGAUAUCAUUUGCUAUGUUCAUGGGUGUGUGAGGCAACAAGCAACAUUUUUACAAACAGACCUUACAAUGGUGUCAAAAUUUUACAUUUUCAAACAAGUUUUGGAUAUAGAGGUGUUGUGGUCGAGUGGAUACGUCGCCGGACUGUCGAUCACAAGGCCCGCGGUUCGAGUCC